CAAAAGAAAAUAUUAUAAAUCCUCAGUAAUGCAGUUAAGGUGGAUUACGGUAAUUCAAAGUAUAUUUUUAUGUUUUCUUCUUACUCUUACUUUUAGCAUAGUAACAGCGAAAGGUAAAUCUGAGAAACAGUCCAGAGAAGAUAUUGAACUACGUAAGACCAUGGAAGAAAAUGAUAUCAUUCCCGAUGUUAUCGAUACGACUCCUGUACAUGUAAUGGAGGUACAAUAUAAUGAUGUGAAGGUAAUGCUAGGAAAUGAACUUACACCAACACAAGUUAAAGACCCACCAACAUUUAUCAACUAUCCCACUGAGGAUGAUACUUUAUACACUCUGUGUAUGACAGAUCCAGAUGCACCAAGUAGACAAACUCCUAAGUUCCGUGAAUGGCAUCACUGGUUGGUAGUCAACAUUCCAGGCAAGAACGUCAGUGAAGGGGAAGUGUUGUCACAGUAUGUAGGCUCGGGACCUCCAAAAGGAACAGGAUUGCAUCGUUAUGUUUUAUUAGUCUACAAACAACCAGAACGCUUGAACCCAACAGAAAAACGGCUAACCAACACGUCAGGGGAACACAGAGGACUCUUCAAAAUUAGAGAAUUUGCUACUAAGUAUGGUUUGGGUGAACCAUGGGCAGGAAAUUUCUUCCAAGCCCAGUGGGAUGACUAUGUCCCCAAACUGUUUGAACAGCUUAGCAAUUAAUUUCUUGAAGUACAUUUCCCAUUCAUAUUACAAUAAUGUGAAAUUUAAAACUUUAGGCUAUGUUUUAUAUGCUUUACCUGAAAAAAUUAAUUUUUAGGAAGCUGCAGCCUGUGAAUAUCUCUUGCAUUUAUUCAAAUAACUAUAAAAUGUGCAUCAGUAAUUUCUAAAAUUGUUAACAUUUAACAUAACUCUUAAAUACCCCUUUUGUUUUGAAACUUUUGAAAAAUAUUAACUAGGUUUUCUAAACUAAACAUAAAUUUUUAUUGUUUACAUUUUUAUGCUUCAAGAAAAAAAUAAAGUACUAAUUUUAUUGAACUUUUUGGUAUUAUAACCGACUUAGAAUGAGCAAUCACUUUACAUCCUAUCAAUUUCAUUAUUUAAGUUAUAACUAAUUAAUGAGUGAAAACUUAUCACUGAAGAUUUAGGUUAAGUUCCUCAUGUACUACCUUUUGUCAAACAGUUCUGGGUAAUGUAAAAAAAAAAAAAAAAAAACCCAAGUCAUC